UCCGCGGCUCGGGAGCUCGGGCCAUUCAUCAGCCGUCAGGCCACCUAAGACGUUUCUUUUUUCCAGCGCUUCGCCCUCGACGUUGAAGCUGACAACUUGGGGGGGACGGGGGGCUUCUUCUGUAUGUACAGUACUCCCCCAACGUUAGGUUAGUGGGACUCAGACAUCCAGAAGCCCCCAGAGUAAAGUGAAUACAACAAAACAAAACAAAACAAGAAUAGAUCAGAACACAACAGAACAUAACGCGGCAGAUAAACAGCCAUGGCAUCGCAAGAAAAGAUCGCCGUCCACAACCUCGCCGAUCUGAAGAACACCUCCGACGAUGCGAUUCCCAACUACCUCAACUCUCUGAAGUUCAACCAAAUCCACACCCUCACCGACACACGCUUGGCUCUGGGCUAUAGCGCAUUCGCCAUUGCAGCUGCCUGCUUCGCCUGGGACUACAAGUUCGGCUUCGAGAGCACCAAGUACCUCACAGCUAUCGCAGUAGCCCUCUACACCGUCCUCAACACCGCCCUCACAUACUGGAUCGCCUAUGUCGAGAAGGGCGUCGUUUACCAGGGACUCGCUCCCAGCGGAGACAAGAUCUCGGUAGCCACUUCGACCAAGAAGAACGUGCCCAUCUAUAACGUAAAGGUCACCAUCACCCCCAAGAACGGCAAGCCCGAGACCAUCGAGAUCAAGCGCUCCUUUACCGAAUGGUUCGACUCGGUUGGACACUUCAUUGCCCCUCCCUUCCAGAGCGUCUUCGCUGCUUCCGUUCCUCUGAUUGCAAAGGCAGACCCCAAAAGAGUCGACACCGCCAAGUCUGCUCAGUCAUCAGGAGCCAACUUCACCGAUAUGGAUCCUGACAUGUUAGAUGCUCUGGCGGCUGGGUCCGCGACCGGUGCUGAGGCUGAUGCCUCGGGGAAGAAGUCCAAGAGGAGAAAGGCAUAGAUCAAACAGCACCCCAUCCUCCUUUCUCAGCAUUGCAUUGGAGUUCGCACUUGUAUAACCUUGAGGUAUCAGGGGAGGAGGAGGAGGUACUUUCAACAAAAUUGAAUUCAAACUCUAUCUGGUCACGCUACGUGGAUUUCAUGACGGAACAUUUGUUACUGCUGCUUUGUAGACCCCGGCUCGUAAAUGAGGCAAAGACUACAUAUAGUCUGAACGGUGCUUCCAGAGGCCUUCUCUUUGUGGGGAGUGGUCUGA